AUGGCCGGCGCGGAAGGGUCGUCGACGGCAGCGGAGAUGGAAGUGGACCUGGAGCUCUCCCGCGGCGGCGAGGGGCCCAGCUUCGAGUUCGAGUUCGCGUUCAACUCGCAGAACUUCUCCGACCGGUUGCUGCGGAUAGAGGUGGUCGCCAGUGAAGACGCCGGCGGGCGAUCCCUGCCAGAGCCAGACUCGUCGCGCCACGAGGAGAAAGAUACACCACUUUUACGAGUAAAGACAGUUUAUAUCAAUUCAGCUAUUCUUGCUGCAAGAAGUCCUUUCUUUCUCAAGCUUUUCUCAAAUGGCAUGAAAGAAUCUGAUCAGACACAUCCAACACUUAGGAUUGCUAAUUCAGAGGAAAACGCCGUCAUGGAGCUUUUAAGCUUUAUGUACAAUGGAAAGCUGACAACACCCGAGCCUGCUCGUCUGCUCGACAUAUUGAUGGCCGCUGAUAAAUUUGAGGUGCUUUCUUGCAUGAGGCUUUGCAGUCAGUUGCUUGCAAAGUUGCCUAUGACCACAGAAUCUGCGCUGCUCUACCUCGACCAUGCAUGCUCCAUUUCAAUGGCAUCUGAAGUUCAUUGUUUGAUAGUUAGAGCCAAGAAAUUCCUUGCCAACAAAUACAAGAACUAUACUAAGUUCCAGCACGAACUAAUGAACUUCCCUCUUGUUGGGAUUGAAGCCAUAUUUUCAAGUACCGACCUACAUGUAACAAUUGAAGACAACAUAUAUAUGUUCAUGCUCACCUGGGCCCGUGCGCGAUACCCAGAAUUGGAGGAAAGACGCACAAUCUUGAGUUCUCAUCUACUUCCGCUGGUGCGCUUCAGUCAUAUGAGUUGUGCAAGACUGCAGAAGGUCCUAACUUGCACCGACGAUGAUAUAGACCAUGAUCAAGUAAAUAAGGUUAUCACUACAGUACUUCUGCACAAAGCUUACCCAGCACAUGUACAUGGUGUUCUUGGAGCAGACGCAACAACUUGUUGGCAAUUUGCAGAACGAACUUACAUGUGCAAACCGGUAAAAGUUGUUGCGUUUGAUGGACCCUGCCCCCAGGUUAUAGCUUACUGGGAUCUGAAGCGUGAGGAGUGCGCCCGACUCUUUCAGCCAGGACAGAUAAUCUCGCACCCGCUCAAUCUUGCAGGGCUGGACUUCACGCUCGUAGCAAGAUGUAACAUCGACCAGCCGAGUGGAUUGUACAGUUUUGGCCUCUUCUUAGUCAUUAUAGAGAAGCUGAAGGGAUCUGUGACAGUAGAUUAUGAGUUUGCUGCAAGGACAAGAGGGUCGGGGAAAUUUGUGACCAGGUUUGAGAGUAAGAACACCUUCACUGGUAGUUUGAUGAUUGGAUGCGAUGAUGUUUUUGGCAUUCCAUGGAAGAUGUUCAUUGCUGAUGACAACCUCUUCAUCGACGACGUGCUGCAUCUGAGAGCUGAUUGGAGGGUAUUGGAGCAACAAGAACUACAAGCUUGA